GGGUCAUUUUGCCGCACUUUCGUCAGUUGGUGAUAAACAUCAACGUAUCUUCCCCUCCUCACAGCUCGACUCACCACUCACCAUGUCCUCCACCGGUCUAGAACAAGACCUCUCGCCCGCUGAAUUGGCUCAGCGCGACCAAGAGGAGAAGGACCGUAAGGCCCGCGAGGAGGCGGAGCAGGCCCAGCUUCCCUACAAAUGGACCCAAACCAUUCGCGACGUGGACGUCACAGCGCCGGUUGCUAGCAACAUCAAGGGUCGCGACAUGGAAGUCACUCUUACAAAGACCAAGAUCCGCGUCGCAAUCAAAGGACAGGCGCCGAUCAUCGAGGGCGACUUCCCCCACCCCAUCCUCGUCGAUGAAUCAUCAUGGACCCUCGAGACAACAUCGACGUUCCCGGGCAAGGAGGUCAACAUCCACCUCGACAAGGUGAACAAGGUGGAGUGGUGGCCCCACGUAGUCAAGUCGGCGCCCAAGAUCGACGUGACCAAGAUCACGCCCGAGAACUCCAGCUUGAGCGAUCUGGACGGCGAGACCCGUGCCAUGGUUGAGAAGAUGAUGUAUGAUCAGCGACAGAAGGAGAUGGGAGGUCCUACCAGCGAUGAGCAGAAGAAGAUGGAUCUGCUGAAGAAGUUCCAGGAGCAGCACCCUGAGAUGGACUUCUCCAACGCAAAGAUGGGUUAAUGCUUUGUGGAGACCAUAAAGUCGAUCCUCAUGUCCUAUUCCAAGAUCAUAUCAUGUAUGAAGUAUGAAUUAUGUGCAUCGAGGGCUGUAAAUUGCUCUGACAAUGAAUGAUGAACUAUAAA